AUUUUCCUUUCCUUAAUUGGGUUGAACGUAACGAAGACAUAGGUGGUUGAUUUAUUUGAACAUGGAUGGAGCAUUGAUCAUGGACAUGGAUGAUGGUGCCACCGCGAAGAGCGGGGUUUUGAAAAGGGAAUAACUAACUUUUGGCGUGGAUUAUCCAUUAAACGCAAUCUCCCUCCUCCCUUCCCCCCUCUCGCAUUUUUGUUUUCCUGUCGUCUGUUUUUCACUUCGCCUGUUGUUUGCGAGGUAACGUUGAUUGAUACUAUGGAAGGAGACUCUGGCGAGUUUGAGGAAUGGGAGCUGCUUCUCGAUAUCCCGGACGGUGCUAUCUCGGAUGAGGACUCUAGGGUUUUGGAGGCCAUCGAAGAAGAAGGUGGCUCCCAAGGUAUGGUUCGAACCGAUUACUUCUCUCUGGGUUCUGUUGGGUCUGAUAAUCGCGGUUGGACUGAUCCAGUGCAUCCGAGGAAAGAGUUGAGUGAUUUUUGGCCUGAAGAUCGUAAAGUUAUCACCUUCGACGCUAAAGACUCGGUGGGUUUCCCUGAUACUGCGGAAAGGGAAGUGGAAGUGGAAAUCGAUAUUGAACAUGAAUUGACUGUCGUGGAAGAGGAAAAACCCGAGGUCCGUUUUGAAGGAAUUGAGGAAAUUGGAGUUGAGGGGGAAAUGGGGAAAUUCUGGUCGGUUUCUGGCGAAGUAGAGCCUAUUUCAGUGAAAUCUGUGGACUUUGAGCACGAGGUUGAGAAGGCUAUUGAUAGUAAUGGGAAUGCUGAAGAUGGUUUGGAGAUAUUGGGUGGAGAGGAGGCCAAGGGUUCGAUAGGGGAAAGUGAGCUUUCAUGUGAGAAUCAGAAUGCAGCUAUAGGAGAAACGAAGUUGGGUAGCGAGGAAGACAAGAGGAGUGUUGUGUGGUGGAAGGUUCCAUUUGAGUUCUUAAAAUAUUGUGUUUUCAGGUUUAGGCCGGUAUGGACUUUUUCGGUGGCAGCGGCUGUUAUGGGCUUUCUUAUCUUGGGACGCAGAUUGUAUAAGAUGAAGAAAAAGAGCUGGAGCUUGCAGGUGAAGGUUGCCAUGAGCGAUAAGGCAUCUCAGUUCUUGAGCCGUGCUGCACGCCUUAAUGAAGCUUUUUCAGUGGUGAAACGGGUUCCGGUUAUACGGGCCUCUCUUCCUGCGGCUGCUGGAGGGGUCGGUUCAUCAUUGCCCGCGAUGAGUUUGAGAUGAAAUUAAGUGUCAGUAGAGGAGGAGACAGAAAUUGCAUGAUGAAUUAAGUCUGAGAUUAUUAUUAUUAUUAUUAUUAUAUGGUUUGUGUGUCUUUAAAUUGUGUAUGAUAUAGUCCCUUGUGUUCUGACUUGUUUAUGUAUAAAGCUGGAGUUACAAAACCUGGAAUUUACAUAAAUUUUUUGUUCACUCUGCCUCAUAA